UACAUGUAAGUGAGAGUUUCUUUUUUUCUUUUUUAUACACUGUGACUUACCCCCCACCUCCCCCAACUAGCGAUCCCUCAACGCUCGCCGGUGGCGCAAAAAGAAAAAGCGCCGGCCGCCGUGCAGUCCGAGUAUCGCAUUUCAAUUACUGGGCGCGCACAAGUUGCGACCGAAACCGAAACGGUUUCUGCGAAGACAGAACAGAGCCAAUCUGAGCGCAGUCGCAUGCAAUGUCAUUUGUAUCCACGGUCGCAGCCAUGGUCGCAGCCUACGAUUCCCGUGUGAUAUGAUAUCUGUGGCGCGCAAUUUUUCGCGCUGAUUUUGCGUGUUAUGACUUAACCGACCGCUUCCGGCUGCUUCCUGAUUCUACGGCGGACAUCCUAUCGAUGGUUAAAAUGCCCGCACAACCCAGCGGUUAGAGAUCUGGAGAAAUUGGCGCUUGACGGCUGCCAGUCGAAAAGCGUCAGAUACGAUGGACGUGGAAGCGGAGAACUCUGCCAAAAAGGAGCCCCUCUACAUCGAGUCGCACGCUGUAUACUUUCCACACACACCGUACCAAUCCCAAAAGAUGGUCAUCAUAAAGGUCCUGCAGGGCUUGAGGAAUGGAAGGAACUGCCUCAUCGAAUCGCCCACGGGGAGUGGAAAGACUCUGGCCCUGCUGUGCUCAUGCCUGGCUUGGCAGAAGAAAAAGAAGGAAAUUUAUCAAGCUCAGGUGGAAAAGAUGAUGCAGGAAAUGCAAGCCAGGCAGUAUGACAUGGAAGGCACUCCCCUGAACGAUCCUAGACACACAGCUGUGGCAUUGGGCAGCGCCACAAGCAAAGGCUCCAGGGUGCAUGGAGGCAUGAGCUCUGCCACACCAUUGAAGGAGCAACAAUUGCCACAAACUGUUAAGCCCCUCACACACCCAAAUCAUUCUGUCAUGGCAGCAAGCGAACCAGGAGUGACAGUGGCCAGCAAGCUCUCUGAAAAGGCAAACAGUCCAUCUCGUGUUGCGUCAAGUGGAGCAAUCCAGCCGUCAAACCAUCAGGGGAUGUUGGUAUCAAGUCAGCAUGUCAUGGUGAGCCAGGCUGUUGCUUCAACAAGCCAGGCGUCUGUUUCGGCAAGUCCGUCGCCUACGUUACCCCCUGCCUUAGCUGCCCAUCUUCCUGUGGCCCUUGGAGGCAUGCUGCCGACGUCCCCAAAGCCAGGCGCAAAAUAUGUCGUCGUUCGCAACUGCACCAAUCGAGCACUGGACCUGAACACAAUCCUGUCAUUGCCUGAGCUGAAGACAAGUAAGCAGACGGUCGUCAUCCAGGCAAGCCGGAUGACACCUGCCAAACAGGGAUCAGCUGGUGAACCAGCGAAGGUGCAGCCUGUUCGAACUUCUUGUCCACCUAUGGAUGACGACGACGAUGACUUUAAGCCAGCGAAGAAAAUACGCCAAUCUACGAACAUUCCUGUACCUAAUAGUGUCACAAGCUUUGCACCACCAAAGCAGGAGAUUCCAACAACGAGCAGUGCCUCAAGCAUCUCGGCAGUUGUUGACCAGUUAUACCAGCAGCAGCAGCAGCUUCCUCCUACACAGCCUUCCACUCCAUCCAAAGGACCUCAGGGGAUUGCAGACAAACCUUUGGAGAAGGUGCCCACCAUCUACUAUGGCACGAGAACCCACAAGCAAAUAGCACAGGUGGUGAAGGAGCUGAAGAAAACCGACUAUGGCAAUGUCAGGAUGUGUAUCCUGUCCAGUCGUGAGAGGACCUGCAUCCACCCAAGAGUGUCGAAAUUGCCGAACAAGAACGAGUUGUGCAAAGAGCUGCUUGACGACAUGGGUUGCAGAUUCCACAGCAACAUGAAGAGGGCGCCCCCUACUCCGGCAAUGGAGCCAUACGACUUGGAAGAGCUUGUCAAGAUUGGGAGAAAGAUCGGGAUUUGCCCCUACUACUGGAGUCUAGACCUGAUGCCGAGUGCGGACAUCAUUUUCUGCCCGUAUAACUACCUGAUCGAUCCAGUCAUCAGGAAGUGUUUGUCCAUUGAUUUGAAUGAUGCUGUCGUGGUUCUUGAUGAAGCGCACAACAUUGAAGAUAUUAGUAGGGAAGUGAUGAGCAUUACAGUGACACAAGACCAGCUUCGGGACAUCAUCAUGGACCUGGAGGAAAUGCAGCGUAUCCAGAUCAUGCCCAUGGAACACAAUGCCAUUGCGAGAGUGAUGUCCAAGCUCAGUCUGUGGAUAACGCAACAUUCGGACCACCUGAACGACUACAAGAGCUUUGAACAGUCUGGAAAAGUCUGGGCUGGCACUGAGAUCCUUGCUUUUAUGACUGAUGUUGGCCUGAGUCCAGACAGGUUCAAGGAUUUUAAGAACCUUGUUACUGUCAUCACAGCUGUUGAAAAAGGGCCUGAUAAAGAUCCGGAGCUCCUUCGCCCCACAGUCAAUGCAGCGACAUCUGCGACUUUGCAAAAUCUUGUCAUCAUCCUCGACUUUAUAUACAGAGACAAUCUUAAGUAUUUAGGGGAUUUCAGAGCUGCUAUGGUGAAGGCUCCUUCGAAGAAAAAGCAGACAGAGGCUGGUAGGCGGUCAUCAGGUGGCAGCGCGUUUAAUGUGACCUGGACGCAUAGUCUGAGCUUCUGGUGCCUCAACCCUGCUGUUGCCAUGUCAGACAUAAAGGACAAGGUGCACUCCUUGAUUGUGGCAUCAGGAACGUUAACGCCCAUGGAGUCAUUCGAGUCCGAGCUGGACAUGCCCUUCAAGAGCCAGCUGCAGGCCAAUCAUGUCAUUCCACGUGAGGGGGUAUGGAUUGGAGGCAUUGCGUUUGGUCCCAAUAAAGUAAAUCUCACUGCCAAUUUUAGGACUGCGGAGACUUUCGAGUUUCAGGAUGAGAUAGGGUCCAUUCUUUGGGACAUCUGCCGGGCUGUCCCUUAUGGAGUGCUAUGUUUCUUCCCGUCAUAUGGGAUGAUGAACAAGUUGUCACAGCGAUGGCAGAACACGGGUUUGUGGGACAGGCUGGAAAGGCUAAAGCACAUUGCUGUAGAACCUCAGAAGGGAGACUCCAACUCGUUUGACUACACAAUGACUGAGUACUUCAACCAUGCCUCUGGAUACAGUGAUGGCUACGAUGACGAUGACAGGGGAGGAGCCCUCCUGCUUGCGGUGUGUCGGGGCAAAGUGAGCGAAGGCCUAGACUUUGCCGACAACAGUGCAAGGGCUGUGGUGACGAUUGGCAUUCCAUUUCCAAAUGUAAAGGAUAUGCAGGUUGAUCUGAAACGCAAGUAUAAUGACCAGCAGCUGAGGUCUGGCAGGCCAGUGAUGAAUGGAAAUUCUUGGUAUGAGACGCAGGCGUUCCGUGCUCUUAAUCAGGCCCUGGGGAGAUGCAUUCGGCACAGGGACGACUGGGGUGCCUUGAUUAUAAUAGACCAUCGCUUUUCGCAGCAACCAAAGUUUCAAAAAGGUAACAAGCUGGUUACGAAAGGACAGCAUGGCAACUCUGUAGCACUGUCGAAGUGGAUUCGGGAACAGUUCCAGUGCUUUCCAUGCUACAAUGAAGCCAUUGAUUCCCUGAAGUCGUUUAUGGAGUCUAAAAUGAACGCAGCCAGGAAGUUGUCCUGUCCAGCAGGGGAAACGUCAAGCAUGUCCGUGGACCAAGCAGAGCCCUUUGAACUCUCUGAUGAUAGCAGUGAAGAAAUGUUCAUGUCAAGCAUGUCUUGACAUGGGCUUGGCAGUUUCAGCCUGUAGUCACAUUGGACUAAUGACAUGUCUUGUGGAUGCAUUCUUGCAGCAGUGACUGUGAUCUGCGUCAUUUGAAGUAACUCAUACAUACAGAUGUACAAAUGUGCAUGGUUUACCCAGAAUGUGAAUAUUUGUAAACAUUUAAGAUAUUGGCUGUGACCAGAAGCUUUGCUUCUCGUUGGUUCAGCUUCUUAUCAUUUUUUUUAAAUCGAUUUUAGAAUUGCAUCAAAUCGUGGUAUAAAUUUCUAACAUUAAUCUGUGUAAUUUUGUCUUGUAUGUUGAUUCUGAACGCUUUGUUUCGAUUAUUGGACGCAGUAUACAAAUAAAGAGUAUCCACUGU